AUGCCACAUCGUGAAUCCCCUCGUCUGGCAUCAGUCAUGGCCACUCCGGUUGUCGCUUCCAAGUCGACCUUCUCCGGCGUUGCUCCUACUUCCGAAGAAAUUAGCAGCCUUCUCAACACCAUUCUCGAAUCUGAGGCUGCCCAGGCUUCUCUCGAUGCGUCCUACGCCCUGACAAACCUUUUGAUCCAGUCCAUAGGUAUUCGCGGCCUGCUCUCAUACAACCUCAUACAGGAGAUCAAGAAGGCCUCAUCCGAUAAGAAAAAUGGCGCAAAGCGAGAGAGCACCAUGUUCAUCCUCGGUGCCAUGUUUGAACGGUUCCCUCGGGAACAGCCGCUCAGUGAGGUCGUCUUCCUGGUUCAGGACGGCGGUCUGCUUAACCUGGCCCUCGACGGCCUAGCGGAUAAAGGCCCUUCCGUUCGGGAAUCGGCCCAAUACGCCGUUGAUGAGUUGUUCAAGAACCUCGACCCCGAGGCCAUGGUUGUGGGCCUCCUCCCGGCUCUCUCUCAAUAUCUCUCCAAGCCAACGGGCAAAUGGCAGGGCACUGUCGGCGCUUUUACGCUCUUGGGCAAAAUAGCGGACAAGGCGCAAAUGGGUAGUGGUACAAAAGAGGAAGAGCAAGCUAAAGACGUCCUGCGAGAGUCCAUGGGAAAAACACUGAAGGAGCUCAUUCCCAUCGUCGAGGGCGGAAUGCACGAUCUCAAGGCCGAGGUCGCUAAGGCUGCUACCAAGACCAUGAACUCUCUCGUCACACUACUACAGAACGACGACGUGGCUCCUCGGAUACCACUUUUGAUUGAUACUAUGAAAAAUCCUUCGACCCAAACUUUACAGAAGGCCAUCCACGCCCUGUCGCAGACUACCUUUGUUGCCAUAGUCACCUCACCUGUCCUCGCCCUUCUCACUCCCCUUCUAGAAAGGGCUCUGAAUAACCCUUCAACAUCGCAGGAGGUUCUGAGACAGACUGUGGUGGUCGUUGAGAAUCUGACCAAACUCGUCCACGAUCCCGUUGAAGCUAGAACUUUCUUACCAAAAUUGCAACCCGGCGUGCAGAAAGUCAAAGAUAACGCUUCCCUCCCUGAGGUCAGAGAAUUGGCAGACCGAGCAGUCGCGGUCAUGAAGAAAGCUAUGGGCGACGAUAGAGAUGGUGUUACGUACAGCCAAAUUGCUCACACAUCAACAGAUGAUGUCCUGAAAGUGCUCGAUAGUCAGCUUCGAGCACAGGGAGGUCUGCAAAAGGAAGACGCGGCUCUCUGGAAACUAGGCCAGUCCUAUGUCUCUGAGAUGGUUCGUGAAGAUGUCAACAGCAGGGUCUUUAGCCGGAUCCCCGGUCGAGUUGCACCCUAUCUCAAGUUCCUACUCCCUGAUGAGAACCGGAUUGCCAUCGCAGAAGGUGUACAGAAACACUUUGUUGAAGAGGAUCAUAAAAAGUACGGCGCCCCAGUGGUUGUCAAUCCUGAUGAGGUCGAAAUUGUCAACGCCGAAUUCUCCCUUGCCUACGGCGGUAUGUUGCUGCUAUCUCAUACAAACUUGCGACUUGUUAAGGGUCAUCGAUAUGGUCUCUGCGGUCGCAAUGGUGCCGGCAAAUCCACCCUUAUGCGCAGUAUCGCAGAUGGGAAGCUAGAAGGAUUUCCUUCCAAAGAUGUGCUCAGGACGUGUUUUGUGGAACACAACCAAGGCGAGGACGCUGAUAUCAGCAUUCUAGAAUUCGUUGCCAAAGACCCUGAGAUUGCCAAGGAAGGGCGAGACCGAAUUUCAGAGGUUCUUGGCGAGGUCGGCUUUACAGCUGGUCCUGAAGGACGUCAAUCCCACAAAGUUGGCUCUCUGUCGGGAGGUUGGAAGAUGAAGCUCGCUUUGGCUCGAGCGAUGUUGAUGCGCGCGGAUGUGCUCCUAUUGGACGAACCGACAAAUCACCUCGAUGUUGCCAAUGUCAAAUGGUUGGAGGAAUAUCUUCAAACGCACACGGAGAUUACUUCAUUGAUUGUGUCUCAUGACUCCGGAUUCCUUGAUGCUGUCUGCACUGAUAUCUACCAUUACGAACAGAAGAAACUUGUUCACUAUGUUGGAAACUUGGCCGCAUUCGUCAAGGUCAAGCCGGAGGGCAAGAGCUAUUAUACUCUUUCUGCAUCUCAGGUUCAGUUCAAAUUCCCUCCACCCGGAAUUCUCAGUGGUGUGAAGUCGAACACCCGAUCGAUAAUCCGCAUGACCAAUUGCACUUAUACCUACCCUGGAUCCUCGAAACCAAGUUUGCAAGAUGUUUCAUGCCAAUUGAGCUUAUCUUCUCGAGUGGCCAUCAUCGGCGCAAACGGUGCCGGCAAGUCUACGUUGAUCAAGCUGUUGACGGGAGAAACCAUUCCUCAGACUGGUAAAGUUGAGAAGCAUCCCAAUCUCCGAAUUGGCUACAUCAAACAACACGCUCUCGAGCACGUGGAAAUGCACAUGGAGAAGACUCCCAACCAAUAUCUGCAGUGGAGAUAUGCCAACGGGGAUGACCGAGAAGUCCUAAUGAAGGCCACGCGCAUCCUCACUGAUGAAGACAAGGCUCAAAUGGAGAAGUGGAUCGAUCUUGGAGAUGGCAAGGGAGCAAGACAAUUGGAAAACGUGAUGGGUCGACAGAAGUACAAGAAGACUUUCCAGUACGAGGUCAAAUGGCGCAACAUGAUUCCUAAAUUCAACAGCCAAGUAUCCAGAGAGACACUUUUGGAGUGGGGCUUCCAAAAGCUCGUACAAGAGUUUGAUGAUCAUGAGGCAUCUCGCGAAGGUCUGGGUUAUCGAAUUUUAGAACCGAAAGUUAUUUCCAAGCAUUUCGAAGAUGUCGGCUUGGAUCCAGAAAUUGCCAACCAUAACGAAAUUUCCGGACUCAGCGGAGGACAGAAAGUGAAGGUUGUCUUGGCCGGUGCUAUGUGGAACAAUCCUCACUUGCUUGUGCUGGACGAACCGACCAACUUUUUGGACCGAGAUUCCUUGGGAGGUUUGGCUGUUGCCAUUCGUGACUACAGGGGAGGUGUCGUCAUGAUCAGCCAUAACGAAGAAUUCGUCGGGGCUUUGUGUCCCGAACAAUGGCACGUUGCUGAUGGCCGUGUCACCCACAAAGGUCUUCUUGCGAUCGAUCUUAACAGGUUCGAAGACUCGAGGCCAGGCUCUAGCAACGUCAGUUCAGUGGUUUCAAGCGCCACUGCGUCGGCAGUCAAUUCCGGCGCGGAAGACAACAGUGAUAUGAAGUUCAGGGCGAAGAAGAAGAAGAAGUUGACCCGAGCUCAAAUCAAGGAGAGGGAUGUUCGACGAAGAUUACGACACAUUGAAUGGCUCAACAGCCCCAAGGGAACACCUCACCCUCCGGAUACGGACGAUGAGGCAUAG